GACGAGACCGGCUUCCGGCGCAUGCAGAUGGGCCCGCGAUAUAUAAUAGCAGCUGAUGCAACUCUGGCUCCAGAUAACACCACGAGCACCACAACGCGCCACGGGCAGGACCAGCCACCGAGCUCGUUUUGAGGAACACCAAAGCCAGUCCGACUACGUCCAAAGUGUGGUAUCCAGCAUGCCCAUCGUCAGAACCCUCAGCCAGGUGGCCAAGCAGGCGUGCGGCCGCCGACCCCUGGCGGCGGCGGUGCGCGGCAUCAGCUUCUCGCCGCGACAGGUGACGUCCGACGCCAGCUUCCACUCGGUGUCCUUCUCGGAGACGGACCACCCCAAGGUGCUCAUCACGGGUGGUCUGGGGCAGCUCGGCGUGGGGCUGGCAAAACUCUUACGGAAGCAGUUUGGAAAGAACAACGUGAUUCUCUCCGAUAUCAGGAAGCCCUCAAGCGACGUUUUCCACAGCGGCCCGUUCAUCUACUCGGACAUUUUGGACUACAAGAACCUGCGGGAGAUCGUGGUGAACAACCGCAUCACUUGGCUGGUCCACUACAGCGCCUUGCUCAGCGCCGUCGGCGAGGCCAACGUGGCCCUCGCCAGAUCCGUCAACAUCACCGGUCUCCACAACAUCUUGGACAUCGCCGCCGAACACGGCCUGCGUCUGUUUGUCCCCAGCACCAUCGGUGCCUUCGGACCCACGUCCCCGCGCAACCCCACGCCCGAUCUGUGCGUGCAAAGGCCCCGCACCAUUUACGGCGUCUCCAAAGUCCACGCCGAGCUCAUGGGUGAGUACUACCACCACCGCUACGGCCUGGACUUCCGCUGUCUCCGCUACCCCGGAAUCAUUUCGGCCGACUCCAUGCCCGGCGGCGGCACGACGGACUACGCCGUCCAGAUCUUCCACGACGCCAUCAAGACGGGCAAGUUUGAGUGCGUGCUGCGGCCCGACACGCGGCUGCCCAUGAUGUACAUCGACGACUGCUUGCGCGCCACCUUGGAGGUGUUGGAGGCGCCGGCCGACGCGCUGGCCAUGCGCACCUACAACAUCAACGCCAUGAGCUUCACGCCGGAAGAGCUGGUGCGGGAGCUGCGCAAGCACAUGCCCGAGCUGCAGGUCUCGUACAACGUGGACCCCGUCCGGCAGGCCAUCGCCGACUCCUGGCCGAUGGACUUUGACGACUCCAACGCCAAACGCGACUGGGCCUGGAAGCACGAGUACGACCUGCCCGAGCUGGUCCAGACCAUGCUCAACUUCCUCAGCGGCGACACGCGCAUGGCCCGCGUCAGCUAGCCCCGAGGUGCCGGAGCUAAGCUAACGCGGCUUCUUGUACAUAGUGUAUAGAAUGACCAAAGAGGGAUUGCAGAUUCAGUGGCCUGCGGACAGAGUUGUUUCACGCUCUUACUUUUCCGCAAGCCCGCCUCUGCCCCCCAAAAAGGCCUGUCAUUGCUGCACCGCGCCCAACCUGCGGGUGAGUGGGGGUGGGGAGCAGUCGGGGGACAACCCGUCGCCUGCACUGGGAAAAAAAAAAAAAGGUUUUGCUGCAUCACCAAGGGUUGCCUCAAAAAGAUUGCAAAAUUCUGGCAGUUUUCAAAGGAGGAAACUUUGCAAAAAAAAUCCAGAGUUUGACUUGUGUGGAAAUUGACCAUCAACUUUGCGAGUCUUUGCAAAUGUACGCCUAACUGGAGUAGCUCGAUGAUGGCUUUGGAUUUAGCGGGGUAAAAAAAAACAAAA